AUGCUUUCAAAUCCCAUCAACCUGCCCAAGUGGCUCGAAGAGAACUCUCACCUGCUGAAGCCCCCCAUCAACAACUACUGCGUCUACAACGAUGACUUCACCGUCAUGAUCGUCGGCGGCCCCAACGCCCGCACCGACUACCACAUCAACACGACGCCCGAGUGGUUCUACCAGUACAAGGGCGCCAUGACCCUCAAGGUCGUCGAUCCGGCCGACGCGCCCUUCAAGGACAUCGUCAUCCGCGAGGCGACAUGUUCCUGCUGCCCGCCAACACGCCGCACAACCCCGUCCGCUUCGCCGACACGGUCGGCGUCGUGUUCGAGCAGGGCCGCCCGCCGGGAAGCCUCGAUCGCAUGCGCUGACCUAGGCACGCAGAUCAAGGCGGCCGUCAACGAGUUCAAGGCGAGCGAGGAGAAGAGGAGAUGCGGCGCGUGCGGGACCAUGGCUGAGGCGGCGCCGCGGCCGGGGAGCAUUCGGGACCCGAACCUGGAGUAA